AUGGCAGGGAAGAUAGCGGACAUGCGAGCAGAGUCAAGACAAGGGAUAGGACAUGAUGAGACGAGCGAGCUGCAUGCAGCAGCAGCAGCAGCACUGACUUGGAUGGCAAUCCAUCGAUUCCGUCGCCCCCAGUUCAACAACAGUAGCAGCCUGUUGCUGAGCUUGCUCGUGGUGUUCACGUGCUCUGCUCGAGUGGUCGGGUAUGAACCUGGCAGCAAAGGCAAGGACGACAACAGCAACCUGCAGGCAACGCCGCAGAUCGAUGCCGCUGCACAACAUUUCAGAGCAGCCAUUGUGAAAUUCCCCGACGAGCCCUCGAAUUAUGAGAACCUCUUUCAGGCUCUGUUCCUGGAUGACAGGAGAGAAGAGCUCGCUCACUGGAUGAGAGCCUACAGAACUCGCUUCCCAGCGCGAUCGCAGACAUGCUGGUUCCACUUCAACAUGGCAAUGACGCUCUACGGGCUACAGGCUCACGAGGAAAGCUUGUAUCACUUCGUACAUUGGGAAGAUCCCAAGUAUGGCAUGUACCUGGUGACCUGCUUGCUGAGUUCGGAGAGGGUGAGUGAGGCUGCGAGCAUCCAUGCUGCUCUGCUAGGGACGAGGUCGGCAGAGUUCCCGAGGCCCUGGGAGGACAUCCUGCGGUUUCGAUCGAGCAAAAGGAGCAGGAUGAGUCCUUGGCAUGGGAUCAUAUUCCAUCUGCUCGACAAGCUGGAGAGGGUGUACGACAUGAAGGCUGCGCGGAAUAUCUCGAGGGAGGCUCGAGAGCAGAUGAUGCAGGAGGUACACAACCGCCAGCACCCCCACGAUUGCUCCCGAGCCCAGGUUAUGGUGUACAGCAUGAAGAACGCUUUCGCUGGGCUAGGAGCCGAGGUGCACGGGCUGGUGCUUGCGCUGAACCUCGCUCAUGCUCUGAAGCGAACGUUGGUCAUGCCGCGGAGAGACUCUUGGUGGUACUCGGAUCCUUCCAAGUGCGAGCAGGGAGGGUGGGAAUGUCACUUUCUCCCGGUAGAGGUUGCUGGUGCUGUCAGGGGAGGGGAUGAGAGCUUUGCAGAUCUCAUCGUGUCAUGUGGAGGACACUGUGUUGAAGAAGCUGAUCUGCUCGCAUGGAGGGGAGCCAUGGCGGACUACCUGAUGCGACCCAACUCCCUCAUGCAGGGGAAGAUGGAGGAGCUCAAGGUGACAAGGAGGCCUGUCUCAGUCGCGCAGUACUUGGAUGCGACAUACGAGAUGGUAACGCGAGAGAGCAGGGCUGAGUCGUGUCAUGAUGGACCAAGGCGAGGGGAUCAAGGGGAGGGACGGGCGAGGAGGAGCGGGGGGAAGGAGGACGAGAGCUAG